AUGAAAGUUGUAGCAGCUGCCUCUGCUGCUUCACCUGAUUUUAAAUCAGUAAACAAAAGGGGAGUUAACAAGAGGAUAAAGUUGAAAAAGAAGGCAGCAGAUUUUAAGAAGAAGAAAAAGAAUGAGUGGAGGAGACUGAGGGCUUGGUGGAAAAGGAACGCAGAGAAGACCCAAGAGUUUAGCAAUGGAAACUUAUCUUCUAAUGAUCCAACGACCCCUUCGGCACCUCAGCCAACGACCGCUUCUGCACCUCAAGUGCUGAUCACCGAAGCGUCUAAAACAGUUACUGCCAGGAACAUACCAGUUUCUAUCCAUAAGUCUGAAAUAAUCGAGUUCUUUAAACAGGCUGGGGAAGUUGUUAAUGCUUGCUAUGUUAAACUACUCAAGGGAAACCGCCAUAUUGAGUACAAGGGAGGCUGCCAUAUUGAGUUUGCAACUGAGGAAGCUGCAAAGAAGGCAUUGGAGUUGGAUGGCCAAAACUUGUGUAACAGUGAAAUUGUAGUUGAGCGAUAUGGAACCAAAACCACUGGAGCAUCAAAAACACUUAUUGCCAAGCACCUAUCAUUGUUCAUUACUAAAUCUGAUGUGAUCAAGUUGUUUAAACUGGCUGGGGAAAUUAUUGAUGUGCGUUUCUCUUCACUUGAUAAUGGAAAAUUCAGUGGACGUUGCCAUAUUGAGUUUGCAACUGAAGAAGGCAGCUGA